AAAUUCUAUAAAUACCCUAACUCCAUCUCGUAAUCUCAUCGAUCAAAAACGGUUACGAAGGAGAAAAAUGGGAGCUCUGGAUUACGUUUCCGAUCUAUUCUCAUUCCCACGCAGCAACAGCAGCAUCAAGAAGCUCAAGAAGCGCAAGCAGUUGCAGACGGUGGAGAUUAAAGUGAGGAUGGACUGUGAAGGCUGCGAGAGGAAGGUGAAGAAAGCCGUGGAAGGCAUGAAAGGUCUGACCCACGUGGACGUAGACAGGAAGCAGCAAAAGCUGACGGUGGUGGGAUACGUGGACGCCAAUAAGGUGUUGAGGAGGGUGAGGUGGCGGACUGGGAAGAUGGCUGAGAUCUGGCCGUACGUACCAUACAGCGUCGUGUACCAUCCGUACGCACCCGGCGCGUACGAUAAGAAGGCCCCGCCGGGCUACGUGCGGAAUGUGGUGGACCCCUGGUCCUCUCUGGCACGAGCCAGCUCGACCGAGGAGAGGUUCUCCACUGCUUUCAGCGACGACAACCCCAAUGCUUGCGCCAUCAUAUAACAAGGCCCUUGUAUAUGCAUUUUAUGACCAUAUAUGCUUUUUUAUUUAUUUGAUUAUUUUUUGUGUAUCUGAAAAACAAGUAUGAAACGCACCUACACGAUUUUUGUGUGUAUGCGUUAGCUCGUGUGUACUUGUAUAUAUAUCGAAUAUGUGGAAUGUUUUGUUCCCGGAAA